AAGAGUCAAAGCAGGAGAAGCGGGGGGAUCAGUGAGCGCAGGGAGAGAGGGGGAUCAGUGAGCGCAGGGAAAGAGGGGGAUCAGUGAGCGCUAGGAGAGAGGGGGAUCAGUGAGCACUAGGAGAGAGGGGGAUAAGUGAGCACCAGGAGAGAGGGGGAUCAGUGAGCACCAGGAGAGAGGGGGAUCAGUGAGCACCGGGGACUGGCUCACUGCACUCCCGGCACACACAGCAUAAGCUUUGCUGUAAGCUACACACGAUGAGUCCUGCUGCUGGAGCAGGCGUGGAGGGGCUCUGCUAACUUUACAUGGUGGACCAACUGUGUGGAUCUAAUGCAAAGACAGCUAGACUAAGGAGGAUCUAUCGUGGAGAUUGUGGCCCCCGGGAGCAGAGCCGUGACAGAAACAGCCUGUGGUGUGAGCAGCCUUUCUCUGGAGCUGUUCCAUUCCACAGUACAAGGUGCUGGGUUCUGUGAUUUGGAAGAGUUUGAAAGAUGGGUAGCAAGGCCCUGCCAGCUCCAAUUCCCCUGCACCCUUCCCUACAACUCACCAACUACUCCUUCCUACAAGCAGUCAAUACCUUUCCAGCAGCUGUGGACCAUCUACAGGGACUUUAUGGACUAAGUGCUGUACAGACUAUGCAUAUGAAUCACUGGACUUUGGGUUAUCCAAAUGUACAUGGGAUCACAAGGUCCACCAUCACUGAGAUGGCAGCUGCUCAAGGCUUGAUGGAUGCCAGAUUCUCCUUCCCCGCAUUACCCUUUGCCACUCAUCUCUUUCACCCCAAACAGGGCACCAUAGCCCACAUGAUCCCAGCCUUGCACAAGGACAGGCCUAGGUUUGACUUUGCCAACUUGGCCAUUGCUGCAACCCAAGAGGACCCACCUAAGAUAGGAGACCUUUCCAAACUAAGCCCAGGGUUGGGUAGUCCUAUUUCAGAGAUCAGCAAAUUGUCUCCAGACCGAAAACCUUCAAGAGGAAGGCUACCAUCUAAAACGAAAAAAGAAUUUAUUUGCAAGUUUUGUGGAAGACACUUUACCAAGUCCUACAAUUUACUUAUCCAUGAAAGAACCCACACAGAUGAACGACCCUACACCUGUGACAUCUGCCACAAGGCCUUUAGAAGACAGGACCAUUUGAGAGACCACAGAUAUAUCCAUUCCAAAGAAAAACCCUUCAAAUGUCAGGAGUGUGGAAAGGGAUUCUGUCAAUCGAGGACCCUGGCGGUGCACAAAACCUUGCACAUGCAGGAAUCACCCCACAAAUGCCCCACAUGUGGAAGAACAUUUAAUCAAAGAAGUAACCUGAAAACUCACCUUCUUACCCAUACAGACAUCAAGCCCUACAAUUGUGAGCAGUGCGGGAAAGUAUUCAGGAGAAACUGCGACCUUCGGAGACACAGCCUAACCCACAGCCCCAGGCAGGACUACUAGAGUGGGACAACCCCCCCAAGCACCUACCUACCUACCCACACCCCUGGCCUUACACCCCAGUACCCCAGCAUAGGGGAGGAGACAUUGCUUGCACCCAAAGACUUGCCUUUAUGGACUGGACUUUACAACUCUGCAUCCAACCAGCCUCCACUUCUUGUACAGAUAUAAAGCUCAUUUUAGAGCUGUGUAAAUAUUUUUUUUUAUUAAUAAUAUUUUCAAGUUUUAUGCACAAUGGGACAGAUUUUUUUUUUUGUGGCUCUGGAGAAAAUACCAUAAAAGUGUAUUUCAAAAAUAAAAGUCUA